CGCCUUCGCAGUGUUUUGCUUCACGCUUCUAGCUGACGUGCGACUGCGAAAUGCCUGGAGGAUAAAAACAUUGGUUGCUCACAGGACCUUAUUUCAGCCCUCAGGGGUCUUCAGAGGCCAUGGUGGGGAAUACACGUGUGUUUGGAGCAGCUGAGUUCAUAUCAGAGCUCUGUCACACUAAUGUAGACAGACCAUUUCCUGUGUGGCAGAAUGGCACCAUCAGUCCCUGUGUUAACCAGCUUUUGUUGGGAUCACUAGCACAUGCUAUUAUUGCCAUCAUCAGUGCCUGUUACAUUAGUGUGCCCAGACUUACCGAUAUUGUAUCCUCCCUUCCCAUUGGCUGGGGCUUCAGGACCGCAUCGACCGUGCUGUUGGCUCUCUUGUUUUUUGGAGACUUGGUCCUGGUUUUUGAACUCCAGGCUCCAGACAUUUAUCUGGAUGUCUUAGCCGAUGGAUGUGGUAUACUGGCCUGGAUGGUUCAUUUUGGGGCCGUUUUGGCCUUACAAAGGACAAUGUACAGAAGGACUCGAGGUCCUGCUGUGCUUCCUUUGCUGCUUAUUCUCUCCAUCCCUAAUCUAGCUUUUAUCCUCACUGCCUACAUCCAAGAAAUCAAUCGCCUUGGAGUCUCAGAGCCUCUGCUGGUUGUCCGUCUUGCUCUAACAGGAACCAGGGCUGCUCUGGUGCUGGUCUACCUCUUUGGUUAUAUCUUUCCCUGUUACAGAAAUCAAAGGGACCUUCUGUCUUGUAAUGCAGAAGAUGAAGCUCCAUUGAUUGUCUCCUUUGAACCCAAUGAAGGGGUGACUGUAGCCGAGGAUGGCUGCAAUUGGCUGUCCAGGCUGCUGUACCUGUGGCUGAACCCUUUGCUGAAGCGAGGUAAACGUGGAGAGCUGGAGAGGCCAUGUGACGUCUUCCAGCUGCCACUUCACCUACGCACCAAAGCAGUCAAUCUCCGGUUCUACCAGUGUUGGCAGAAAUGUCUCCAUCCAAGAGGUCAAGAAAAGCCUGUGACACUGGAUAGACUUUCAAGAGGAAACCUGCAGGACAACUCUUGGAGUGAGGCAGAGCCGGAGAGGAUAUGUGAAGGAACGCAACAUGAUGUCAAACUUCUGCAAGUGUUGCACAAGGCCUUUGGUCUACGCUACUACCUGCUGGGUGUGUUGAAGUUAGUAGCUAGUAUGCUAGCUUUUGCAGGACCCCUGCUUCUCGGUCAGUUGGUGGGUUUCAUGGAGACUGAGGGGGCACCACUGAGCAAGGGUGUGUGGUGUACCGUGGGACUGUUUGCUAGUACCUUUCUUGCUGCCCUGCUGAGGAAUGUCUUUGUUUAUGAAGUAUCAAAGAUUGCGUUAGAGGCUCGGGCUGCUGUGAUUUCCACCAUAUACAGCAAAGCUCUAAAAGUCAGUGCGCCUGCUCUGGCUCGCUUCAACAUGGGCGAGGUUGUCAACUUCAUGAGCACAGACACAGACCGUGUGGUGAAUUUCUUCAACAGCUUCCAUGAAGUUUGGAGUCUUCCCUUCCAGUUUGUCCUUGCACUUUACCUGCUUUACCUACAGGUGGGCGUGGCCUUCUUGGGAGGAGUGGCCGUGGCCGUGCUGCUCGUGCCUUUGAAUAAAGUCUUGGCUUCCCGAAUUCUGGAAAACAAUAAACAUAUGCUGCUACACAAGGAUGGGAGAGUGAAGCUAAUGACAGAGAUACUCUUUGGAAUUCGGGUCCUGAAGUACUAUAAUUGGGAGGAGCACUUCACUCAAAAGAUUGCGGAGGCCCGUAAAAAAGAGCUCCAUCACCUGAAAGUUCUGAAGUACUUGGAUGCUGUAUGUGUGUACACCUGGGCUGCUCUGCCCGUGGUCGUCUCGAUCCUCACAUUCAUCACAUACGUCCUGCUGGGAAACAAUCUCACUGCUGCAAAGGUGUUUAGUACUCUGGCUCUUGUGGGGAUGCUCAUUCUUCCUCUCAAUGCCUUUCCCUGGGUGCUGAAUGGAACCCUGGAAGCUAAAGUGUCUUUAGACCGUAUUCAGCGCUUCCUCACGCUACAGGAUCAGGACCUCACCGCCUAUUACACGCAAGUGUGUCCUGAGGACCCUCUGUCUGCUGUUCAGAUGGACCAGGCGAGUUUCUCCUGGAAGCAGCCAGUGGAUUCAGAUUCUGUCAGUGUGCCUGAUGACAAGACAGAGGAUGGGUCACCACCACCACACAGCUUUUAUCUGGAUGCACUCAAUCUCAGCGUUAAAAGGGGCUCUCUGGUGGCUGUGGUGGGAAAAGUUGGUUGUGGGAAAAGUUCUUUGUUGGCUGCCAUAACAGGAGAGCUUACCAGGUGUGGAGGCGAAGUAUCUGUUCAGGGAAGAGAACAGGGAUUUGGAUUGGCCGCCCAGGAGUCAUGGAUCCAGCAUGCAACAGUGAAGGACAACAUUCUUUUUGGCAGAGACCUUGACAGCAUUUUCUACCAAGCUGUGAUUGAGGCCUGUGCCCUUGCUGAUGACCUAAAUAUCUUGCCCGGUGGUGAUCAGACAGAAGUGGGAGAGAACGGUGUGACUCUGAGCGGAGGACAGAAAAGCCGCCUCGCUUUGGCCCGGGCUGUUUAUAUGGAUAAAGAAAUCUAUUUGCUGGAUGAUCCUUUAGCAGCUGUGGAUGCUGAUGUUGCCCACCAUUUAAUGGAGAAAUGCAUCUUGGGAAUUCUCAAAAACAAGACCAGAAUUCUUUGUACUCAUCGGAUAGAGUUUGUGGAUAAGGCAGACGUGGUGGUGCUGAUGGACAAUGGGAUGAUUGUAAAAAAAGGGACACCAAAUGAAGUCCUUUCUUUGGUAAAACCCCCUAAAGACAGCAAGAACAACAGCAAUGCUAAGGAGAAAGAUGCUAUAGUCAGAGAGGAGGUGGAGGCCAAUGAGCCGGAGCUAGAAUCAGAGCUAAAGAUGUUUGGGGAGGAGCAGAAGCAAAUGGGAAAGCUGUCCUGGGCUGUGUACUGCUCCUUUUGGAGAGCAGUGGGUGGAUGCUUGGCUGUAGCUGUUCUGCUCUCCCUUUUCCUAAUGCAAGCCACCAAAAAUGUGUCCGACUGGUGGCUCUCUCACUGGAUUUCACAUAUGAAGGACAAUACGACUGAGCUGGUGUUACUGUCAGCUGAUCCCCUCUUGACUCUGACUUUCCUGUCUCCUGAGAGACUUAUAUUUCAUGCACCUGACAGAGGUUCAGAGACUUCAGGAAGUAUGAGCUCUGAGCUGAAGUUUUACAUGACUGUAUAUGGAUCUCUGGCGGCAGCGAACACUGUAUUUACAGCUGCCCGUGCGUUUCUCUUCGCGUAUGGAGCAAUCCGUGCUGCUACUGCCAUUCAUAAGAGACUUCUGUCUAGUGUACUGAAGGCCACUAUGACGUUUUUUGACACUACACCAUUGGGUCGUAUCCUGAAUCGAUUUUCCUCAGAUAUUUACUGUGUGGAUGACUCUCUCCCCUUUGUCUUAAACAUCCUCCUGGCCAAUGUGUUUGGGCUGCUUGGGAUGCUUGUCGUCAUGACCUACGGGCUGCCUUGGGUGCUACUUCCUUUGGUUCCUCUGGGGGUUCUUUACUAUCAAACUCAAUGUUUUUAUCGUCACUCGUCCCGUGAGCUGAAACGCCUGUGUAGCCUCACUCUCUCUCCAGUUUAUUCACACUUCUCUGAAACCCUCAGCGGCCUGUCCACAGUGCGGGCCAGUGGACACACUGCCAGAUUUGAGGAGGAGAAUGAGAGGCGUGUAGAACAGAAUCAGCGAUGUCUCUUCAACAGUAAUGCUGCCAUGCAGUGGCUGGACAUUCGGCUGCAGAUGAUUGGUGUUACCGUAGUAACCGGCAUCAGCGUGAUCGCUGUGAUCCAGCAUCAGCUCAAAUCCAUCGAUCCAGGUCUGGUAGGUCUGUCACUGUCCUAUGCACUAUCCAUCACCAACCUGCUGUCAGGGCUGAUUUUCAGCUUUGCGCAAACAGAGAUGCAGUUGGUGAGCAUUGAGCGUACCGAGGAGUAUUCCACUAACAUUCCUCAGGAGCCUCAACAAGCCAGCAUUGAGGCUCUAGACUCGUGGCCUGAAAAGGGCAGUGUUGAGUUUGUGGGUGCUGUGUUGGCGUACAGGCCAGGUUUGCCCAAUGCUCUUGAUGGGGUCAGCUUGGAGGUUUUACCAGGGGAGAGGGUCGGCAUAGUGGGGCGCACAGGUUCGGGGAAAUCCUCGUUGUUCCUUGCCCUAUUCCGUAUGGUGGAGCUGAACCAGGGUCAAAUACUGCUGGAUGGAAUUGAUAUCAGCUCGGUCAGGCUUGGUAACUUGCGAUCAAAGCUGGCCAUCAUCCCUCAAGAUCCCUUCCUCUUCUCCAGCUCAGUGCGAGAGAACCUUGAUCCCCAUGGCCAUCAUCCAGACUUCCGGUUGCUAGACGCUCUUGAGCAAUGCCACCUGGGAGAUGUAGUACAGAGGAUUGGUGGCCUGGAUUCGGAGGUUGGAGAGAGGGGAAAGUCUCUGUCUGUGGGCCAAAGGCAGCUGCUGUGUCUUGCUCGUGCUCUGCUUACAGAAGCUAAUAUUUUAUGCAUUGAUGAGGCCACAGCAAGUGUCGACCAAAAGACUGACAUGCUUCUACAAAAAACAAUCAGAGAAAAAUUCAAGGAUAAAACCGUUCUUACCAUCGCCCACAGACUGAAUACAAUCAUGGACUCCGACAGAGUACUGGUGAUGCAUGCUGGGAAGGUGGUGGAGUUUGACAGCCCUGCUGCUCUGUGCCAAAGAGAGGACUCUUUUUUCCAGAAACUCUUACGUGGAGGGGAAGAGCAAGUUUAAAAUACUGUAGCUAUUUCAGAACAGAAUGUUGUUGGAGUCCGGUGAAUGGACAUUGCAUAUGUGCAAAUACCUGCAGUUUAUAUCAUGUUGUGCCAUGUAGAACAAGGUAAAACUCGGGUAAAAAUGUUUAUUUCAUAAAAGGUCACAUUUUUAAAGAUU